AUGGAGGUAACUUGGGCAAAUAUCGUCUUCUUAAACUACUUUUCUCACCUUACCGCUCUACCUUUUGAUAAUGCUGGUGAUCUGGUGGAGGCCGAAGCUGACUCUAUUCCAUAUUCUCAUGCUCUCACAGGUGAUAUCGAAGACCCCAUUACCAGGGUUUAUGAUGCUACAAUGGUUCAUUCCUCUCCUAGUGGCCAUACCGCUUUGGACCUCUCUGAAAGCUACAUAUACUCCUAUUAUAGACAUGAAGGUCUCUAA